AUGAGAGUGGGCUACGAUAACAAAUUAAGCGAUCUAGAGAAACCUCUUUUGACUCAGUCUACUGCUAUUCAAACACUCCCAACUUAAGACGAUCAGAGUGAGUUUGGGAUUGCGGAUAAGAAGUCAGAUCUUAAACUUCACCUUGUUCUCUUACAGAUUGCUAAGUUAUCAGUAUGCCCCAUAAUAAGUAUGAUAUUCCAUCCAGCAUACCAAGCAGCAAAUACAAUCAUAAUAGGAAAACAUCAAAACGCUGUUCAACUACAAGCAACUCUCGGUCUCACUACUCUUUUCAUGAAUACUUUGAUAGUUACUAUUCAAAUUGGCUUCAAUGGGUCUCUCUCAACUCUAAUCUCUCAGGCAUUUGGCUAGAAAGAUUACAGAUUAUGCGGACUCUACCUAAAUAGACAACUUAUGUUAAAUGGAUUGAUUUUCCUUCCGAUGGUAAUAAUUAUGAUGUUUUCGAAGGAGCUUUAUUUACUUUUAGGCUAAGAUGCUGAUAUGGCAUCCGAGGCCGCCACUUUCUUAUAAAUUACCCUUCCUGGGUUCUUUUGCUUUGGGUAGUAUCUUUGCUAUCAAAGAUUCCUUGCAGCACAAAGAGAAGUAAGAUUCGCAAUGUAUAUAAAUUUGGUAUGUUUCUUUUUACACAUCCCACUCUGCUACUAUUUAGCGAUAAGCUCAGAUCUGCAGUUAGUAGGAGUAGCAAUUGCAACCUCGCUGCAUUUCGGAUUCAGACUAAUUAUGAUGCUUAUCUGUAUAAGGUUUUCCAGAUUCUACAAAAGUAUCAUAUCUUUGAGAGAUCCAGAUAAUUUCUGGAAUUUUAAGGUCUAAUUAAAGAUGAGCUUUUAAAAUAGCAUGAUGUUCAUCUCUGGACAGUGGGCGUUAGAGUCCUUCACUCUAAUGAGUACAUUCAUGUCACUUCAAGUGAUAGCAGCAUAAAUUGUAUGCAGAAACAUAAUUUUAAUCGUCUAUAUGGUACCAGUAGGAUUAGCUUAAGCCUCUUCGGUAUUCGUAGGCAACAUGAUAGGACAGAAAAAGCUGAAAGAUGCCUAAAUUUAUGCCAAGAUGGGAGCACUAUGUUCAUUCAUUUGGGGACUAUUUUUUGUUGUAAUAAUGACUAUAAUGAAGACUUAUGUAGUCUAGCUAUUUAGUUCAUCUCUAGAAAUUAAUGAGUUAGUUUAUUAAGUAUUCCCCAUUCUGCAAGUCUACGUCUUAAUUGAUUCAUUACAAGGAAUGGGUAUUGGCUUGAUAACAGGAAUCGGUCGUUAGGCUAAGGCUUCUAUAUUUACUAUGACUGGUUUCUGGGGUAUUGGAGUUCCUACAGCAAUAAUCCUAAGUUUUUCUUUCAAACUCAAUUUAAUUGGUCUUUGGAUUGGUGCCUUAGUUUCCAUUUCUUUCUGCUGCAUCUCUUAUUAUAUACUGAUAAUUAAUACCGACUGGAAACAAAGAAUAAAAGAAGCUAUAUAGAGAAGGAGAAGUGAGAAGAAACUUCCCUGA